AUGAGUCCAUCAGACACCAGUCUACCUGGUCGGACUCAACCAGACACAAGACAACAGGGAAUGAGUCAACAAGGUAUGAACCAACCAGGCAUGAGCCAAAGAAGCAUGGGUCAAGUAGGCAUGAGACAACCAGGUACAAGCCUAACUGGCUUACCUAGUAGGAAACAACCAGGCACAAGCCAACUGGGCACAAAUCAACAAGGUAUGAGUCAAUCAAGCAUGAGCACAAGCCUAACAGGUAUGAAUCAACCAGGCAUGAGACAACAAAGCAUGAGUCAACCAGGCAUGAGUCUACCUUGUAUGAACCAAACAGGCACAAGACAACACAGCACCAGUCAACGAGGCAUGAGUCAACCAGUCAUGAACACAAGCCUAACUGGUAUGAAUCAACCAGGCAUGAAUCAACCAAGCACAAGCCCAACUGGUAUGAACCAACUGGACACAAACCAACAGAGCAUGAGCCAACCAGGUAUGAGUCUACCAGGUACAACACUAACCGGUAUGAACCAACUAGGCAAAAGCCAACCAAGCAUGCAUCAACCAGGCACCAGCCUACCUGGUCUGACCCAACCAGACACAAGGCAACUAGGUCAACAAGGUAUGAGCCAACCAAGCAUGAGCACAAGCCUAACUGGUAUCAAUCAACCAGGCAUGAACCAAUCAAGCACAAGCCUAACUGGUAUGAACCAACUGGGCACAAGCCAACGAGGUGUGAGUCAACCAGGCACAAACCAACCCAGCAUGAGCCUAUCUAGUAUGAACCAACUAGCCCGUAGCCAACUACAUAAGAGCCAAGCAGGCAAGAGUCAACCAGGCACUAGCCAAUUGGGCAUGACAAGCAUGAGGCAACUAGGCAUGAAUUCUUUUAGAGUAAGACCUGCAGAAGCUCGAGACUGCCCUGAAAUACUGCGCCUGAUUAAAGAAUUGGCUGCAUGUCAAAACAUGCUAGAUGCAGUGAAGUUAACAGCAACAGAUUUACUUAGGGAUGGCUUUGGGGACAAUCCCCUUUUCUACUGCCUGAUUGCAGAAGCACACAAUCAGCAUAAAACAUCAGGUACAGUGACCAUUGGAUUUGCCAUGUAUUUCUUCACAUAUGACCCCUGGAUUGGCAAGUUACUUUACCUAGAGGACUUUUAUGUCACACAAGCUUACCGAGAACAAACAGUCAUUUUUGGCAAGUAUAGGAGGCUUGAGAAUAAAAGGUCUGAAAUAGCUCUCCAAGGAAACAGAAUAGGAAACUACCUCAAAACUAGUCAAAGAAUUGCUAAACAGCACUGGGAAUCUCGUGUAACAUAUGGGCAUCUUAAAGAGUUAGAGGUGUUUGUGAACACCUUAAUAAAAGAAAGUUAA